CCUCUCGCUCCAUAAACUCGGACUACUGGAGAUAUCUGCGAGGAGGAGGAGCUGUCAAAGUUUCCCAGAGAAGGAAAAGUCUUUUUUUUUUUUAACUUAAGGAGAAAAAAAAAAAACUUCAAGAUUUCUAAAGUUUCCAUACAGCGGAAUAUCGCGCGUUGUUGGUAUGGAAUGACACCUUCUCUCCAGGAGCUUCAAAAAACACGAUGGCAACCCGCUUUUUGAAGUGGAUCGGUCUCACCUCUCUGCUCUGCUUGUGCUGCUGUGUUCUGGCGGAAGGGAAAGCAUGCCAAGGCUUCAGCAAUCGUUUGAACCUUCUGGCAUCCGGAGAGGACCAUUAUCAGAACAUGGUGAAGACAUACAGCAACUGCAGUGUGGUCCUGGAAAACCUGGAGAUCACUUACAUGGAGGAGCACCAUGACCUGUCCUUCCUCAGGUCUAUUGAAGAAGUGGGUGGCUAUGUCCUUAUUGGACUCAACACAGCACCAAGGAUUCCUCUGGAGAACCUGCGCAUCAUUCGAGGUCAUUCACUCUAUGAAAGAGAGUUUGCUCUCGCUGUGCUUGGCAAUUAUAACAAAAGUACAGGUCAGGGCACCAGUGAGCUUCUUCUAACCAGCCUGACAGAAAUUCUUAAAGGAGGUGUGAAGUUUUGGUCCAACCAGUUAUGCAAUGUGGAAACAAUACAGUGGGAUGACAUUGUCAGUGACCGAAAUCCCACCAUGAAGCUCCCAGUGGCCAGCUACAAUCCACUUUGUAAAAAAUGUGACUCCAGCUGCGUCAAUGGGUCAUGCUGGGCACCAGGUCCUCAAAACUGUCAGACCUUAACAAAGCUGAACUGUGCACAGCAGUGCUCUAAGAAAUGCAAAGGACCUUCACCCAGUGACUGCUGUAAUGAGCAUUGUGCUGCGGGCUGCACAGGACCGCGGCCCACCGACUGUCUGGCCUGUCGGGACUUCCAGGACGACGGGGUGUGUAAAGACGCCUGCCCAGGCCUUAUGCGCUAUGACCCCAACCUUCACCAGCUGGUACCGAACCCACUUGGAAAGUACAGCUUCGGGGCCACCUGUGUUAAGACCUGCCCACAUAACUACGUUGUGACUGAUCACGGAGCGUGCGUACGGACAUGCAGUGGUAACACAUACGAGGUGGAUGAGGGAGGAAUUAGGAAGUGCGCCAAGUGUCGCGGACUAUGCCCAAAAGUGUGUGAUGGACUUGGAACAGGACACUUGACUAACACCCUGUCUAUCAAUGCCACCAAUAUUGACUCCUUUAAAAAUUGCACCAUAAUCAAUGGCAACAUUGCUAUCAUCCACACAUCGAUUCAUGGGGAUAAAUAUACCAAAACACCAAAGAUGCAGCCUGCCCAGCUUGAAGUCUUUAAGACCGUAAAAGAAAUUUCUGGAUUCUUGUUGAUUCAAACGUGGCCAGAGAGCCUGAGCUCACUCAGUCCUUUUGAGAAUCUGGAGAUCAUUCGAGGACGAACUAAGCGUGGUAGCCACAGUCUGGCCGUAACUCAGCUCGGUAUUAACCACCUGGGCCUUCGCUCCCUCAAAGAAAUCAGCGAUGGAGAUGUGGUCAUCAUGAAAAACCAGAACCUGUGCUACAUCAAAAGCAGCCACUGGAAGGGACUCUUCAAAUCAGAAAGCCAAAGUGCUAAAAUAGGCGAAAAUGCUAAUGAAGCCACAUGUGCUAUGAGGAACAACACUUGUGAUAGGAAAUGUACCACAAGCGACUGCUGGGGUCCAGGCCCGGGCAUGUGUUUCGCCUGCCGUGACUAUAGCCGUGACGGAAACUGUGUUGACUCCUGCAACAUCCUGGAGGGAGAGCCGCGGGAGGCCGUCGUGAAUAAAAUCUGCGUGGAGUGUCAUCCCGAGUGUCAGAGCAUGAAUGGGACUGCAACCUGCAGUGCGCCUGGUUCUGAAAACUGUACAAAGUGUGCCAACUUCCAGGAUGGACUGUUCUGCGUGUCUCGAUGUCCCCAAGGCGUGCUAGGGGAGGAUGACAUGCUAGUGUGGAAAUACGCAGACGAGAGGAAAGUGUGCCAGCUAUGCCACAAAAACUGCACUCAAGGGUGCUCUGGUCCUGGUCUCCAGGGCUGCCAAAAUAAAAGCACUUCUGGUCUUUCCAUGAUUGCGGCUGGUGUAGUCGGAGGACUCCUCGCUGUUCUUAUUGCAGGCCUGUCAGUCUUCGUGUUGCUACGCCGACGCCACAUCAAGAGAAAGAGAACCAUGCGCAGGCUCCUCCAAGAAAGAGAGCUGGUUGAACCUUUGACUCCAAGUGGGGAGGCACCAAACCAAGCUCUGCUUCGGAUCCUGAAGGAACCUGAAUUUAAGAAAAUCAAAGUGCUGGGAUCAGGAGCUUUUGGUACAGUCUACAAGGGCCUGUGGGUUCCAGAGGGAGAAGAUGUGAAGAUCCCAGUGGCCAUUAAGGUUUUGAGAGAGGCCACAUCACCAAAAGCAAACAAAGAGAUCUUGGACGAGGCUUAUGUGAUGGCCAGCGUGGAACAUCCCCAUGUGUGUCGUCUGCUUGGCAUCUGCCUGACUUCCACGGUACAGCUCGUCACCCAGCUGAUGCCCUACGGCUGCCUGCUGGACUAUGUCAAAGAGAACAAAGACAAUAUCGGCUCCCAGUACCUGCUCAACUGGUGUGUGCAGAUAUCCAAGGGUAUGAACUACCUGGAGGAGCGCCACUUGGUACACCGUGACUUGGCAGCGAGAAAUGUCUUGGUGAAGACUCCGCAACAUGUCAAGAUCACCGACUUUGGUCUGGCCAAGCUCCUCAAUGCAGAUGAGAAAGAGUACCACGCAGACGGUGGAAAGGUACCAAUCAAAUGGAUGGCUCUUGAAUCUAUCCUGAACAGAACAUACACACAUCAGAGUGACGUGUGGAGUUAUGGUGUAACAGUUUGGGAGCUUAUGACCUUUGGGACCAAACCGUAUGAUGGGAUUCCAGCUAGUGAAAUAGCUGGUGUCCUGGAGAAGGGAGAGCGACUGCCUCAACCACCAAUCUGUACCAUAGAUGUCUACAUGAUCAUGGUGAAAUGUUGGAUGAUUGAUGCUGACAGCCGACCUCGUUUCCGGGAACUAAUAGCUGAGUUUACAAAGAUGGCUCGAGAUCCUUCUCGUUAUCUGGUCAUUCAGGGUGAUGACCGCAUGCACCUGCCGACUCCCUCAGACACUAAAUUGUACCGCAGCCUGAUCAGCGGGGAGGACAUGGAGGACGCUGUGGAUGCAGAUGAGUAUCUGGUCCCGCAACAUGGCUUCUUCAGCAGCCCGAGCACCUCCCGCACCCAGCUGCUUCACUCCACAAGCCUCAACAGUAGCAUUGGGACUUGCAACAGCAGAAAUGCUUUAUUGAAUGGAUUCCCAAGCAGAGAUGGAAGCAUCGUACUUCGUUAUAUCCCUGACCCCACCGACAAACAAUUAGAUGAGGCUUUCCAGCCAGCUCCAGACUACAUGAACCAGAAUGGAGUCUCAGAUAUGAUGAAUCCCAUCUAUCAGCACCCCGGUCCUCCUCGCACCAUCCUCCCCACCAUAUCUUCAGAAGAAGACACAGAAACGGAGUACCUGAACUGCUUUAAAAACGGGGCCAACGGACCAGAGUACCUGAACGAGGUCCCUACCCCUGCGAUCCUCCCAUUAACCUCCAACGGCACGGUCCACAGCAUUCAGAAAUACCAGCCCCAGAAUAGCAUAGACAACCCUGAUUAUCAACAGGAUUUCACUCCCACCUUCAAGACCCACACCAACGGACACAUACCAGCGGCAGAGAAUGCAGAGUACCUGGGCCCAGACUGAGGACUUAGUGGAUACAGACAAGAAAUAGACUGUUUUCUGUUCCAAUAAGUGAGGACAUUGAUGUCUUAGCUGGGAGAGCAUAGAUAAGUGGUACCAUCAAUAAUCAUAUAUGUUGUAUCCUGUCUUACAGAGUCAGGUGACACUUUGUGCAGCUUCCUGUGUUGUUUGCAUGCAGUCAUACUUUUCACGCAAAACCCCUCUCAUUCCAAAGAGUUUUUUUCUCACCACCAAACUAAAAUGACUCUUUCUUGACGAAAGCUGGACUGAGGUUGAUGCAUACAUGACUCAGUUGAUCUGAGAGUUGCUGUACCAGAUACAGACAUACAUAUUGUAACCCCUGUCAGAAAAGUGAGUCUCCAAAAGACUGCUAAUAAAAUGAUGCAAAUGUCUCCAUUUUGUAGGAGGCAGAAGCUCUAUUGCAAAGAACAGAAACUGGCAGCUUAACACCAAAACACAACCUAUGGUAAAUGUGCGAAACAUAAGUCAGAUACACAAUCAGUCAACGGUAUUGGUAUGUUGGGAUUCAAACACACAGUGGUGCUUUCACUUGACGCUGAUGUGAAGCCUCAGAACAUUCUUCUGUGGUGAAGUCAUGAUUUAAAAUGGAGGUUUUAAGAAUAAAAUGAUGGCUUGACUGUUGUAGUUGUGGCCUGACGACACUCAUCUUGAAGGAUGAGUUAAUGAGGAAACAUAAUGUUGCAAUGUAUAGAAUGUAUAUGGGAAUACUAUUGAAUUGUAGCAUUUAAAAUGUUACCUUUUAUUCUCUAUGACAGUUUUGUAUGUAUUACAAACUGCUUGCUGGAGUUUCCUGUGUCCCCUGAUGUGUGAUAUCACACUAACUAUGUAGAGAAUGUAAUGGUAAAUAUCGCAAAUGUGAUUGUGGUCGUAUUCACACUGCUGUGUUUUACAGUUUAAAACCUUCAGCACUCCUGUAGCAUGAAGCAUAUUUGUGUGAACCCACAAAGAUAGCUAAACUCUGAGCUCAGUAUGGCUUAGUUUGUGUACCGAGGAAGUUUGUUUUUCUUGACUUUGUGCAGACAGUAUUUUGCAACACUCCGACUGCACUCACAGCUAAUCAACUUUCUACUGAUCAAUAUGUUGACAUGACAGCAAAAAACUUCCAUCAGGAAAACCGCUGAGGGGUAAAAACCACCACUUCCAAAUACAUUUCAAUAAAGUUGUCACUAUUUUUAAUGUUUUUUCACUUGCUGGUUGAACUAUCUGAGGUCAUGUGAGUUUGAUUUUAGUAUUUCCCUGUAAAAAAAUGUUGUUUUAUUUGAUUUGACUCUAUGUCAAGUCACAAACCAAGAAUGUUUCUGAUGUUUGUGGUCUAAUGUAUCUAUAUUAUUACCUGGAGACUUUUUUUUUUUUUUUGUAACUAAAGUAUGGACCGUUGUUCCACACAGGGUGUUGACAUCAUAUCUAUGAAUCUGCUCCUAGCUUUAAAGUCUUGUAGUCUUGCAAGAGCAUUAACUUUUCCAUUAUUAUUCCUAGUUUUAAAGGAAUAUACUAUUGUAGCAGCCUGUACGCCUACUUUUGCAGAUUUUACACAGGUACAUGUACAGAAAGUAGUGAUUAUGCUUCAGUAUACCCCAAAAUAGUCACGUAUAAUUUAUACUCAGUACACAGUUUUGUUACAUCAUACAUGAUUAUGCACUUAAUCCUGAAUUGUAAUUAUUACAUUCAAAAGUGAACAUGAAUAAAUCUUCUUUUUUUUUUCUAUGGAAAAA